AAUACAAUGUGAAAUAAAAGAGGGAAUAAAAUACUAUUACCCAUUUUAUUUCUACGAACGUCUAUACGCGCUCUUUAAAUAUAUUAUUAACUGAAUAUUUGGCAACACUGGAUGCUUCUAUUUACAUCAUGAAAUAAUUAACUGUAGACAAAACCUAUUAACAUUUUUGGAUGUUUUCAGUUUAUUGUCUCUAUCAUAAUUAAGCUAGAAAAAAUUGUCCUUUACAAAAUAUCAUUUAACACUUUUUAAAUAAAAAUAUUAUAUACUAUGUAAAUAUUGAAAUAUUUUCGCAGCAUUUAGUAAAGAAUCUUUCUAUCAGAGAGCGUGAUUGCAAACUUCUACGUAUCAAUGUUAUUUUUUUAAUUCUAUGGGAAUAUUGGAGAAUUUACAAUGAAACUAUAAUUUUCCUCUAGAGGGCAUUGAAAAUUGAAAGAAAUAAUAGAUUAAUCUUUAGGUUAACAUCUUUUCAGGUCGAUUAGUAGUAAUUACUGUUUAUGUUAAAAAUCUGAUUGUGAAGAUAUUAAGUAAAAGAAAAUAAUAAAGAUACAUAUGAUGAAAGAAUACAAUUGGUUUUUUUUUUCUUUUUUUUUUUUUUUUUUUUUUUUUAAAUAUGUAUCUGAUUGAUAAUAAAAAUUUGAUAUAAGCAUGGCAUUGUCCAUUCUUGAUUGCACAAUUAUAUUUAUUGUAGAUUUAAACAUAUUUUAAUGUGUUAUUAAGUGGUAAGCUGUUUCCGCUUCGUUAAUAUAUAUAUGUAUAGACAAACCAGAACGAGUCUAGAGAGAGCCCGCCUAAUCUCUCUUAAUUAAAUCAGUCAUUUUCUGUGAUAGAUUCACAGAGGAAAAUGAGAAGUUUGUUAUGAAUGUGAAUAAACAGAAUUUCAUUCUUUAAUUUUCUUUUGGUUUCACGGAUAAUGUCAAGCGAAGCGCGCGAAACAAGCUCGUUGAGAAAUGCUGAUAACUUGCGCUCGACUAUCUCGGAUUCAGGAAGUAACAACGUGGCUAAAGAAUCAAGUCAAAGUUCCACGAUAGAACAAAAAUUGGCAAGCAAGAUGUUUUCUUAUGCAACGGAAAUAAUUUGUUUCAUUCUUGCUGUCAUGUUUACCGCACUAGCUGCGCUUCACAGUUCACCACCAAAAAUAUCGAAACCUCCAGCGGCAAGACCAUUUUUCAAUCAAAGUUCCAUUGUUCUAGAUUUUUACAAAGGUCAUUUAAGUGCUAUGAUAGAAAGAGUCACAGAUACAGAAUUUAGUUUUGUUAUGUAUUAUGCUCCAUGGGAUGCAGAAAGCCAAGUAAUACGUGAUGAAUUUGAAAAAGUAGCUGAGUAUUAUUAUCCACAGAUAUUUUUUACAGCCAUUAAUUGUUGGCAUCCAAAUUCAGAAUGCAGAGCUCAAUACAAUAAAAUACAAAGUUAUCCAGUUCUUAUACUUUAUCCGGCAAGAGAUUCAGGUAUACAGUACAGAGGCAUACGUACUGCACCAUAUAUGAUUCGAUUUCUUCAUGCAUUUAUAAAUCCAAUUAUUAGGAUAACAAAUAAAGAAUAUGUAAAACAAUUGCUUGUUACUUAUGAUGCUGUAAUUGUAGGUUAUUUUAAUUUUACUGGAGUGGCUACCAGUCCAGGGUAUAAAGAAUUUUAUAAAUCUGCUAUAAGAUCAUUAGAAAAGGAUCCUAAUAGAGAAGUGGCAUUUGCUGCUGUAACAAAUGCAUUAUCUAGUCAAUCCAAUUAUGGAGUUAUAAAAUCUCCUUCUGCAUCUUUAUUUAUGUGGAAUGAAACUUUGAACUAUCCAGAUGAUAAAGAAUGGACACCAGAAAAUAUAUUAAAUUGGAUUACUAACUCAAUUCAUCAACCAACAUUAUGGCUUCAACCUCCUGGAAUCAAAGCUCUAACUCUUGCACCUUAUCUUCGAGAAGGACCUGUUUUUUUUUUGUUUACACCACGUAAUCCUUUACAUUAUGAAAAUUAUAAUUAUAAUCUGAUUCGAGAAGUUGGAUUACAGUACUAUAAUUGUGCAAAUAAUCUUUUAGUGAAAGAUAUUAUCACGCGUCUUCAACAUAAACGCUAUACAGCAAUGUCUCGUUACAUUAAAAAAAAUGAGAAGUGUACCUAUCUUGUAAGUGAAAGUGAAACGAAAAAAAAUGAACCUACAAUCAGUGUUUCUGUUCAACAGUGGAUUAAUAGUAGUUGUUGUGCAAAAAUUUUUAUGAAUAAAUGUGUUUUAUGCAAAAAGGAAGUACUGAAUUCAGUGGAUAGAGAGCUAUCUUUUACUUCUAUUCACGAAAAAAAUGCUUAUGUAUGUAAGAAAAUAGAUAUUUUUACAAUACCAUUGUUAGAAAAUACUCAAACUGAACAGGAAUUUUGUUGUAAUCAAGAACAUAUUUCAAUAAAUUUACAAGAAAAUGUGAAUUUGAAAAGUUCGGAGUAUAAAAUAUCACAGUCAGAUGAAAAUGAUCGACAAUCUCCUAUUGCAAUAAAACAUGCUCUUUUAAAAGAAAACUGUAAAAGAUGGUUUGCUGCACAUAGAUAUCAUGAACCAAUUUUUCCUCAAGAUUCUUUUGAAAAGUCUAAUAUAAGUUUAAUAAAAUCUUUAUGCAAUAUAAAUAGGACAUUGUCUUUGAUAGCAAUUGAUAGUCUACAUUAUUUCCAUUUUGCAGAAGGUUUGGGAAUUGAUGUUUUGAAAAAAAAAGAUAAAACUGCUGCUAUCAUUUUAGAUGUUGCUCAAGAAAGUGAAUAUGUUAUGCAAGAAGAUUUUAAUAAGAAUGCUGUUAUAGAAUUUAUAAAUAAUUAUACUCAAGGUUUUUUACAACGCACAUUACGAUCUGACAACUCACGUUGCUUUGUACAAAAAUUUAAAACCAAAAUUAAAUGUGAUCAGAAAAAUACAUUGAAAAUGUGUAUACCAGAUUUGACAAGUGAAACAUUUUUGGACACUAUCUUGGAUGCAACUAAGGAUGUGGUUGUAAUGUAUUACUCUCCUUAUUGCGCAUUUUGUAGUGCAAUAUCUUAUGUUUACUUGAUGGUAGCACAUUAUUUGUUCGCAAUGGAUCAUCUUAUAUUUGUACGUAUAGAUGGAGAUAAUAACGAUUUACCAUGGGAAUAUAGUAUGGAUCGCUUCCCAUCUAUUUUGUUUUUCCCAGCUAGGAGGAAAGAGGACAGUACAGUAUUUCCAUUUUCUUUACCUAUUAACAUUCCAAAUUUACUUAAUUAUGUAUUAGCAAAUUUAGAUGGAGAUUCACGUGUUGAAGCUUUAACAAAUAUUUGUUUGUUAAGUGCUAGUGAUCCACCAGACAAAUGUAUUGUUCGUAUACGUUGGCUGUGUUUAGAAAUUAUUGAACAACUUCUACAUGAUUAUAGAAAGUUAAGGCGACAUUUAAAUUUCAUUGAUCAAAAAACUGCUAGAAAUAAGAAAAAAAUUAUUUUAUUAAAAUUAGAACAUAUUAGAUACAUACAUUUAAUAUUGGGAUCAACUAUUGACCUUGCUGAAGAUCAACAUAUAGUUCAUAUAAUUCGAAAAAGAUUUAGAGAAUAUUAUAGAAUUCUUAGAUUAUUAGAAUUAGAUAGUAAAAUUAUUUCCAAUAAAACAAGAAUUAUGCGAAUUGUACAAAAAAUUAAUACUCCUAAAGGAAAAAUACUGAAAAACGAAUUGUGAUAUCUACUUGAUAGUAGUUCUACUAUAUUGGUAUUUAUGUGCCAUACUUUCCCCCGAGUUUUGCUUUUAAGAAUUCAAAUUUUAUUUACAAUAGAUAAUUAUUAGUAAAUUUUAUUUUAAUUUAUUGAAGAUUCUUUAAAAAAAUGUACAUUUAUAAAGGAAAUCAUUUUUGAUUUUUUAUAUAAUUUUGUUUAAUGUUCAAACAAUACUGCUUAAAUUUUAAUUUAAAUUACUAAAUCAAUGAGACAUAUGUAUAUCAAAGCAAGUCACUCAUGUUUAACAUCUUUUCAAUCAACUCGAUUGAAAAUGUAAACAAAUCUGAAUAGGAAAAAUGGGAAUUGUGCCGCAAAAUUUUCUUAUUCAAAAAGGAGAAAAGAAUCUUAUUUCUUAAACUAUAUUUUUAUCGGAAUUAUCAACUAAUAGCAGACUUAUAUAUAUAAAUAUAUUGAUUGCACUGAUGUUUAUGAUAAAUAUUUAAAAUGUCUUUUUUUAUACAGCACUUUUUCAUGGACUUUUAUAUUAUUUGAUUUUAUAAAAAUGAUAGAAAAUUUUUAUCUAAAAGUUUAAAAUUUACAUUGGGAAAUUAUAUAAACACUUUUGUUGAAAAAUUAUCUUUGAGAAUUCUGUCAUAUAUCUGUUAUAUAUCAUUAGUAUAUUAUUUAACUCUUAUUUGAAGUUAUUUAUAAACAACAAAUGCGAGACAAGGAAAGGAGCAUAUAAUUUACUUUCAUUAUAAUGUUCUUGCUGUUCUUUUAAUAAUAUAUCCGAACUUGAUGCUUUUAAGUUUGUUUGAUCUACUACUAUAAAAAAGAACAAUUUUAAGAAUAUUGAUAUCUGGAUCUUCAUGAUUUUUACUUCUUACUUAUUACUUAUUUUUUUUAAAGAUAAAUAAUAUUUUUUAUAUCUUCUAUUUGUAUAAAUAAAUAAAUUAAUAGGAAACAAUAAGAGAAUAUUAUAAAUUCGUCAUGAACUAUAUUUGGACAGUCAUGAUUAUAUUAUAAACAAUAUGUAAAAUGUGUACAAAGAAUGUAAUAAUUACUGAUUCAUUACAAUCACAUCACAAUUUUAUUUAACAAUUUGACCAGCAAAAUAAGAAAUGCUUGAUAUGAAGAUAAGAGAAUUUCUUUCCCAGAUUACUGCAUAGUGGCGCUAAAAAAAUUAUUUAAUGCAUCAUAAUAUAUACUUUUAUGAUAUAUAUGUAUAUAUAUAUCAUUAAAAAAUUAAAUGUAUCAAACAAUUAUUUUUUAAAAUUUCAUUUACUUAUCGCGAUUACUUUUCUCCAAUUUUUCAGUUGAUGUACCUUGUACAAUUGUUUCUGUAACACUUUUUUGAACUAUAAUAAAAAAAAGAUAUUAAUUUUAUUUAUAAAAAUUUACAUCCUGAAAAUAAUAAUAAUUGUUAUUAUAUCACGUAUACCAUAUUUAUGAGGAUAUAAUGCAGGAGCCCAACUAUAAUUAUUGGGGUUUGACGUAUCUGUUCCUACUGCAUUAUUAACAGAUAACAAGAGAUUUUCAUGUACUGAUGAAAGUGCAGGAAUUUUCAUACUUGUACAAUUGUUAUCUUUUCCUUCUUGUGAAAUGUUUUUCCUAUUUCAAUGAUAACAAAAAAUAUAAAUUAUUAGAAAAGAAAAUAUUUGUUAUAAAUAAAUAUUAUUAAGUAUUAUUUUUUUAAAUGUUUACCUUAAUUUAGAAGAAUUUGAUAUUGAAGAUAAUGGAAUAGACUCAAUCAGUCGUUCAAAAUUGAACGUUUUAUUACUUUCACUAUUCAGUGAACUAACACUUGCAGGAGAAGCUGGUGAAGAUUGUCGACGGGAGAGUAAAUGUUUUGAUACAACUUUGUUACUGUCCAAGAUUACUGAAACAUGACAUUAAUUAACCAUACCAUAAAAUUUGUAUAUGUAUUACUAAUAUUUUUAUAUAUUGCUAUCCCUUUGGAUAUAAAUUUAUCGUUAUUUUUUUAUGUAAUAACUUUUUUUAAUAUUUUAUUAUUUACCAUUUGGUGCUAUCAAAUCUGAUGGUCUAAUUGUUUCCAUUUCAUAAUUGAAUUUAUUAAAAACAGACAUUUUAGAAAGAUCCUUUUCACAAUCUAAAGAGUUUGAACGUGUGGCAGGUUCGGAUCGAGUUACAUAAUUUCCACAAACUGGCAUGCCAAAAAUUCUCUGUUGAUAACUAUUUGAAACUUGAUCAAGUUUAAUAUUACUAUUACAAACUUUUUGAGGUGAGUGGUGGAUUACAUAGUUCGAGUGCUUAUCAGGGAAUGUUUGCUCACUACAUGAUUCGAGUUCGUGAUGUUUGUGUGAGUAUCCUGAUGGAUGUGUGGGCAAUACAGCACUACGAUACAAAGGACCUGAAGUUUGUAAUUUGAUACUGUUUAAAGAGCUUCUAGAGGCUGACGUAUCAGAUGCACGUUUAUUAAAGGAUAAAGAAGUCCAGGGAGGGGUUCGAUCUUGAAAAUCGAACAGAUGAAGCAACAUUAUUUCAUCUUCUAAUCCUUCAUUGCUCUUUAAUUCACUUCAAUAUAUUCCCAUACAAAAUGAAAUGUAAUAUUAUAUUAUAUUAAAAUAAGAAUUAAUAAAAUAAGAAAUUUAUAGGUCUUAAAUAUAAAAGCAAUUGUUUAUACCUGUAUGUUUCUGCAAUAGCAUCUCUACUACUUUGUUCCCUUAUCCUUUGUUU